AUGGCCACCACCGCAUUAGACAAGACAGCACUCCGGACUGUGAAGCGCGCUGAGCUCCAAAAGCUCGCCAAAGAGAAUGGGGUGCGCGCCGUUGGUACAAACCAUGAGAUUAUAGAAAGACUUCUCUCCUUGGAAGCGACCACAAGUAGCGGUCGCAUUGGAACUCCGGACAAACGACAGGUCCUCGUCGACGUCAAAAACCAGACAGAUAACGAGGAUUUCCCUCAGAAGGCGAUCGCCGGGCUGCGGCGCUCUACACGCCACAAAAAACCUGUGAUCCCCAAAAACGAUACUGCGUUAAAGCGACGUCAAGCAACGCAGAGAAGGGACACCUCCAAUGACGCGGAAAACCCUAGUGUUGACGAGUCCCCACGGCGGAAACAUUUUCUCGCGCUCAUAUUACAUCUGGAGGCGGCGCAGACACUAUCGGGGCUGCGCGAUCAUGUAAGGAACAGUGGUGAGAGUGGCGUCUCCGAGCAUGAGACGGGAGGGAAACGCAAGGCGUCUGAGGCAGAGCCGGACUCGUCGCAGCCUCGGCCUCGUAAACGUGCGAGGGCGUCCAAAGCCGUCGGACGCAAGUAA